CAUAUGUAAAGCAUAUGUCAUUUUAAAAGAAUCUUUCAAUAACAAACAAAAAGUCCUGCAUUCGACAAUCAUGAUGCCAGCGCCGUCCAACGCAAUUAAGAAGAGAAAAGUUCAGAACUUUUGUUUUGAUGAGAACUCCCAGCCAAAGGGAACAGUGGGCAAAACGCUCUCUGCAGGCCUACUGAAAAGAAAGGCUCUUAGCAACAUCAGCAACUUGACCCAUGGUACAAAUGAAAAGGAGACUAAAGCUGUAUGUAUUAAAAAACCAGGUCUCGUUCAUCAAAACAAACAACGAUCUUUACUGCCUGUCAGGAAAAAGUCAGUCAACAUGAAUAAAAAUGAACCGAUGAAAAUAUUUACUAAAGUUGUUCCAAACAAUGAAGAGAAACUUCCAAAGUUGGCCGAUGUUGAAGAUAUAGAUGAAGUAAACAAAGGGAACAUUUUUUAUAUCCCAGAAUAUGCUUCUGAUGUUUUUAAAUAUUUAUUUCAAAUGGAGGAGAGGUACACGCUUAAAAAGUGGCCGUUAAAUGUCAAUGUGAGCAAGUUGAUGAGAAAAAAUGUUAUCAAUUGGCUUACUAGCAUUAACAAUCAUUACAACUUGCUUCAAGAGACAAUCCAUUUGGCUGUCUCACUCCUUGACAGAUGUUUAUCCUCAGAUAAUCUACCAAGAGAGAAAAAUCUCAAGCUGAUAGCACUCUGUUGUCUAUCAAUCGCUGUGAAGUAUGAAGAAAUUUCACAAGUAUCGCUGACACACCUCUUGCCUACGAUCGAUGAAAACAUCAAGAUAAGCGAUUUUUUGCAAACAGAGAGGGAAAUUCUUAAAACUCUCGCUUUUGAUCUCGCCAGGCCUUCUACAGUCUACUUCCUGAGGAGGUUCAACAUGGUCUUGAGGGCAACAGCAUUACAGUAUACAUUCUCUAAAUUUUUGGUAGACCUAUGUCUCCUGGACUCUUCAUUCUGCCAUGUCAAACCUUCCUUGAUAGCAGCAACAGCUGUGUUCAUAUCGAUGUGCAUCUCUAAGACAAACAUCAGCCCGCAGUUCUGGUCGGACAAUUUAAUUGUAUACACGACUUACUCAUAUCAAGAUAUAAGACCAGUUAUAUCAAAGAUGGCUUUGAAUGUCAUCGACUCAUCAAAACAAUUCAACUCGGUCGUUGAAAAAUAUUCCUGUGCUGAAUUCCUAUGUGCAGCCCAGCAUAUGCUUGGGGAAAAUGCAAUUCUGAGAAAGCUAUGUUUGAUAUAAACCUAGAAUAACUUCGUAAUUAGAUCGAUAGGCAAAAAAGAGCAUCUGAUGCAUGCAAAUACUCUACUCUUAGAUUACAAUAUAUAAAAUAUAUAAAUAAACAAACCCAGAUAGUUUUUUUUUCUCCAAAUAU